AUGUCAAAGGCAGGUUAUGACUUCGGCUUAUCUUCAUCGAUGGGAGAGCUUAAUCCAUAUGUCACAGGAGAAAGGAAGCAUGGCCUUAGAGAAACCCAAAAGAAGUUGAAGGAGCAAGGUUACACAAUUGACUCAGCUAGAGCAGGCCUAGGUUUUACUCCUGUCGCACCUGUCAAGAUCUCUGCUAGAAGAAAAGAAAAGAAAGCAGAAGCUCAACAUAUUAGUGUCGAAGCGGUUGAGGAGGAAGAAGAACCAAAGGCUGUUAAGAGAGCCUCAGUGUUCGACCGUUCAGCCAAGCCUACCUAG